AGACCAGAGUUCAGUCAGAGUGAGACGCAGAGACCAGAGUUCAGUCAGAGUGAGACGCAGAGACCAGAGUUCAGUCAGAGUGAGACGCCGGGUCGAGACGCAGUAUAAUACCAGGAGAGGGAUAUCCCAGGAAAAGGGGUGUAUUUGCCCCAAAAUGAGUUCCAGUGAAGAAGAGAACCAUGGUCAUGAGCCUCUGGGCUCCAUCCAGCAGAAGAGAUCACAUGUUCCUGCUGGUCAGAGGAUGGAGGGAUCUAGCUCUAACAGGAGGUCACAAUCCCCGACUCCCACCUGUGUGUCUAUGAAGAGUGACAACUCCAUGCCUGAACUAAUCAACUUUACAGGAGGAGACUCUUCGACUGAACAGAUGGGGGGAUCUAGCUCUAACAGGAGGUCACACUCCCCAACCCCCACCUGUGUGUCCAUGAAGAGUGAUGAUUCCAUGUAUCGACCAGUCCACUUUACAGGAGGAGACUCUUCGACUGAACACUUCAUCCAGCAGAGGAGAUCACACUCUCCCGUACUGAGCUGUGUGUCCAUGAAGAGUGACCAGUCCAUGAGUCUUCCACUUCACUUUGCAGAAGGAGGUGUUCCUGCUGGUCAGAGCUCCAUCCAGCAGAAGAGAUCACACUCUCCCGUACCGAGCUGUGUGUCCAUGAAGAGUGACCAGUCCAUUGAUCGUCCACCCCUCUUAGCAGAAGGAGGUGUUCCUGCUGGUCAGAGAUACCAACCUGGUCCGGUAAAUGUGGAAAUGCAGCAGAUCCACAAAUCCCAUCUUCAGAAGAAGUUUCAGUGUCUGACUGAGGGAAUCACAAAGCAGGGAGAUGCCAGACUCCUCCAUGAGAUCUACACAGCGCUCUAUAUCACAGAGGGGGGAGGAGGGGAGGUCAAUGAUGAACACGAGGUCAGACAGAUAGAGAGAGCAUCCUGGAGAGAAGCAGCACGAGGCAAACCAAUCAACUGCAGUGACAUCUUUAAACCCUUAUCUGGACAAGACAAACCUAUCAGAAGAGUGCUGACAAAGGGAGUGGCUGGCAUUGGAAAAACAGUCUCUGUGCAGAAGUUCAUUCUGGACUGGGCUGAAGGGAAAGAGAAUCAAGAUGUCUACUUCAUAUUGCCUCUCCCUUUCCGAGAGCUGAACCUGAUGAAGGAGAAAAAACUCAGUCUGGUGGAGCUUAUUCAGCACUUUUUCCCUGAAGUUACGGAUCCAAGAUUCUUCGCUGGUUCAGAGCAUGUCAUGUUCAUCUUUGACGGUCUGGAUGAGUGUCGACUUCCUCUACAUUUCCACUCCAACCCGAGGUGUUGUAAAGUGACAGAGCCAGCCUCAGUGGACGUGCUGCUGACAAACCUCAUCAAGGGGAAUCUGCUUCCCUCUGCUCUCCUCUGGAUCACCACCCGACCAGCAGCAGCCAAUCAGAUCCCACCUAGGUGUGUGGACCAGGUGACAGAAAUAAGGGGAUUCAGUGACCCACAGAAAGAGGAGUACUUCAGGAAGAAAAUCAGUGAUGAGAACCUGGCCAGCAGAACCAUCACACACCUGAAGUCAUCCAGGAGCCUCUACAUCAUGUGUCACAUUCCAGUCUUCUCCUGGAUUACUGCCACUGUUGUCGAGAGAACAUCAGAUGAAUCGGGGAGUGUAGAAAUGCCAAGGACUUUGACUCAAAUGUACACACACUUCCUGAUCAUUCAGACAAGCAUGAAAAAUGAAAAGUACACCGAGAGAAAAGAGAGAGAUGAAGAGAUGAUUUUCAAACUUGGGAAACUGGCUUUCCAACAGCUAGAGAAGGGCAAUCUGAUCUUCUAUGAGGAAGACGUGAGAGAGUGUGGCAUUGAUGUCACAGAAGCAUCAGUGUACUCAGGAGUGUGUACUCAGAUCUUCAGAGAGGAGUCUGGGCUGUACCAGGGGAAGGUGUUCAGCUUUGUGCAUCUGAGCAUUCAGGAGUUUCUUGCAGCUUUAUAUGUGUUCCUGCGUUUCAGCAACAGAGAGAGAAACAUGCCUGACCAACAGCAAACCUCUCAGCUCUCUGCUCUGUUCAGAGCUGCAACACUUCAUGACCUACACACAACUGCAGUGGAUCUGGCCUUACAGAGUAAGAACGGACACCUGGACCUUUUCCUCCGCUUCCUUCUGGGCCUCUCACUGGAGUCCAAUCAGAAUCUCUUAAGACACCUACUGCCCCAGACAAGAAGCCAAUCACAGAGCUCAGAGCAAACAGCCCAGUGUGUCAAACAGAAGAUCAGAGAUCAGGAUACUUCAGACAGAAAGAUCAACCUGUUCUACUGUCUGAAUGAGCUGAAUCACCAUGCUGUAGUGGAGGACAUUGACAGGAGCUCAGGAACUCUGUAUGUGGACAUGCUCUUAACAGGAGAGUGGGAGACUAAGAGAUUUAAGUUUGAGAUUCCAGAAGAGCAGCUGGAUAAGUUUGACCUGCAGAAGUACAUAAAGACACCAGAGGAAGAUCUGACUGAACUCCUCAGUCUCGAUGAAGUUCUGCAGAAGCUGGUGCCAGUGGUCACAUCUUCCACAUCAGCUAAGCUGAAUGACUGUAACCUGACAGAGAAGAGCUGUUCCUAUCUGGCCUCUGCCCUGACCUCACACUCCUCAAGUCUCACAAAGCUGGAGCUGUGGGGCAAUAACCUGAGAGCAUCAGAUGUUGAGCAGCUCUCUGCUCUAGUGAAGGACCCCCACUAUAAACUGAAGACACUACAGUGAGUAAAUAUCUAACCAUCUCA